GAGGACAGACAUAUUUGUGGGGAGUGGGGAACCUGUCACAAUAUGAAGGGAAGCUACUGGUGCAGUUGUCUCCAGGGAUUCCAUCAGGAAGGCGAUAUAAGUUCUAUGUGUGUAGACGUAAAUGAGUGUAUAGGGGCUGGGAACAAAUACCCCUGUGGCGAGAUUGGAACCUGCUGGAAUCUGGAGGGCAGCUACAGGUGUCAUUGUCCCCCUGGAUUCACUACCUAUGGCAACAACCAAUCUAAGUGUCAAGGUGCGAGAAAUGCUUGUUCUACCUUUUCAUUUUCUGCUGACCUCAGUUGUCUUCGCUUGUGACCACUGAUCUUGAGGCCAUCUGUUGAAACCUCCACCUAGCCUACCAGUUACCAGUUUCACAAUCGCGAUGACCGGCCUGAUGUAUUGUGUUGUAUUUGUACGAUCUGAGGUCAUCUGCAUUCAUGGUUUUUCUUUAGAGCUGAAUUGUGACCCUUUUGCAACUCAGAGUACACCUGAACAGGUAAAUUCUUCCUCUUUUUAAAUUAUUAUUUUCUCAAGUACUUCUCUUCAUCUUGAUUAUUCACCAUAUUCUUCUCAUUUAUCUUUCUCUCUCUUUCUGUGUACUUUCUCUGUCUCAGACUCUACCAGGUUUUGACAGCCUCUUGUCUCUCCUGAGAAACAACUGUUUGGUGUUGAGUAACUCCUCUGGGUUGGCUGGAGCGACAGAAAAGACUGGAGAGGUGCUUUUGACAGUAUGUUGCCUCCCUGAGCUACAUACAAGCGCGCGCGGACACACACACACACGUUACAUCACGCCUCUGUUGUCUGUCUUUUCUAAAGGUCCUGGCCAAUGUCACUGCUGUUCUUCAACUCCAGUCCAAUGGUCAAGGUGGUAACAGCGGUAAAGUGACUACACUACUGAGGACAGUAGAAAACUCUAUCAGACUGAUUGCUCCACAGCUGAGAGAAAAUGUGAGCAGGAUAAAUACAAGCCAUACAGAGGUAGAAGUUGUGGUGAGGAUGGACAGGACACCACCCCGAGGACCAGUCAGACUGACGAAUGAAAACAUCCAACUUGACACCACCUGGGAGACGGCGAUCGGAGAUGACACGAAUUACCCAGGAUUUGGGUUUGCCAUUUUGCUCAGCUACAAGAGUCUGCAGACUUUGACCAACAGCUCUGAGCAGCUCUCCUCCAGAGUGGUGACUGUAUCUGUUAGCAACCCCAACACAACAAACCUGUCUGAACCUAUCAUUCUCACCUUCAAUCACUUGAAGUCCAGUGAUGCGAAUACCACCUGUGUUUAUUGGUCAGAGGAUGGUGAGGGGGCGUGGUCAAUCCAGGGCUGCACCUCAGUGAAGUCCAACUCCACCCACACUGUGUGCUCCUGCACCCAUCUCAGCAGCUUUGCCCUGCUCAGGGGAAUCCAAGAGAAUAAGAAAUGCAGACAGUUGGUGAUGUGGGCGGGCGCUUCCGUGGCGCUGGCUUGUGCGGUCCUAUCCCUGCUCAUGACCCUGUGGUGUCGCUUUAUCAGCAAAAAGAGCAAUGGAGGGAGCCGACCAGAACAGCAUUUUAACCUCUAAAGCACCUCAAUUUAGACAGCAGGGAUUUCUAAAAUCUCUCUUUCCUGUGUUUUGUAUAUAAUCCCACCCUAUGUCAAUUUACUGUAAAAUAACUAUUUAGACUGUCAACGAACUGUUAGAAAAUGUAAAUAUGAAGUUUCAGUUUCAACCUCAGUCAAUUGAUAAACAUGAUUUCAUGAAAUAUAUAAAUGUAUUUUGAAAUGAUAGAUUAUUGAUUGUUCUCAAUUCCCAUCAAUGUCAAUUUACUUUUAUCUCGGUUCAAUUGUACGUAGACGAGCUUACCUUACAGUAUUAUUGUACAAGUUUAAAUAGCAGCUCUGUUGUAAUCAAAGGAAGGACGUACAUGUUUGUUCAUGAAAGAAUGAACACACACCUUUACGCUCACUGUGUAUUAGGUACACGUAGAAAGGGACAAACUGCACAUGCUUACCUACAUUACAUACAUACUGUUAUGUGGCCUAUGAUCGGCGGCCUGGAGACCAGUUCAAGUGCAUCAGGCAGAUUGCGUGAAAACAUGAAACGAGGAGAACAAAACAGCAAACCUCUUCAAUAUUUCAGGCUUUCUAAGUAGGAAAGCUCAAAUUAGAGUGCUGCGUAGUAAAGCUCAUCAAGUCCAUCAGCAGCAGGUUCCUAAAACCUGGCUUUCCUGAAAUGUGUAGGUGAAGAACAGACGGUCCAGGUUGAGUUUCUGUUUUGGUUAGAACGUCAGAGAAUGAAAAGCAUAUUUAAAAGGUCCUGAAUAGUCAAAAUCAUGUUUAUCAUCAAAUUGGAUGACUUGGAUUAAACCCUAUCAGAGUAUGACAAAUGACUGUCGCCGGUACAUUGAUAAAGUUAGAUCAUAAAGUGACUUGCUUCCUUCUUUAUGUCAAAAUCUUGAAUUCAGGAAUCCAGAUACUAUUUGCUUAUUGGGGAUCGGUGAAACAUCACAUUUAGCCGCUCAUUUUAAUACACCAAUCGUAACGUCUUAUUCUCAUACCUUGUUUAAAUAAGUACUGCCUUGUAACCAUCAUUGCAGAAGACGUGUUCGCAAAGGGACGUGGUUUACAUAGCUAGCUAGACUACUGGUGUCAAAAUUUGACUGCAGGCUGUUAUAGGUUUCUCCUAUUUAUCUGUGGCAAAUAUACUUUUAGGUUUUCACUUUCAUCUGUAUCUGGUGUUAGCUAGUUACUGGCCAGCAUGGGGGAAGAAAUUAUGUUUGGAACUCUGACUCAGUUGUCAUGUCAGUGCUGCUAUGAACUGCAACAGAAGAGACAUGCCAAACGAUGUAUACAAAAUUAUUGACAUCAUGGCAAGGCAUGGUUUAUGUACAUGGUCUGGCAGUCAGCAAAUGUAAUUGAUGAAGUCAACCCAGGCUUUUCCCGACCAGUUUCAACUGAAAUUGUCCAACAUGAACUGAGACAGGAUGUUGUCUAUCGAUGCGGUUACAAUAACCAAGCAGUUGGAUAGACAAAUAAUUUGUGAAACCGUGAUGUAUGACAGGAUUGAAAUCUUGUUUGAGUUGCGCUUCGUGUAUCAGCACAUUUGCUUGAGAUGAUCUCACUGCAGCAUUGCAUCUAAGUUGCCGUCAAUCAAGGUGAGCUCCCCACCCACUCAGACUGGUCCUUCAGCCUUACUGAUAGUUGGAAAUGAGAGAAGGUACAUUCUGAGCAUUUGAAUCUGGGGGGGUGGG